AUGGCGACUAAAUUUGUCGACGAUUCCAAACAUAACCUUCGUUUUUCUGAUUUUACUGCUCAACCACAACAAGAAGCUGUGAAUCCGAUUGUUUCUUUUGUUCCAGAAGUUGAACGAAUGGUUUGGACAGUGAAGCAAACUCAUUUGGAAGGAGAACACGGAUUGACUGAUGAUGAAUUAGCUGCUAUUUUACUUUAUACAUUGGAAUGGGAACCGACAAAUCAGUCAUUUUAUGCUAUUCUUAAUAUGAAUUUACAGGCAGCUAAUCGACAAUUAUUGAAACCAUGGUUUCUUUAUCUUCGCUUGAUAAUGAAUUCAUUGGCUAAACUUCCAUUACAAGUUAAUUGUCUUACUGUUUAUCGCGGUAUCAAAUUGGAUUUGAGCACACAAUAUUCAAAAGGAAGUAUUGUUACUUGGUGGGGUUUUUCAUCAUGUACAACAUCGAUUGGAGUUUUACAUGAUGAGCGAUUUUUGGGUCAAAGUGGGACAAGAACAUUGUUUAUUAUUGAAUGUUCGUCUGCUAAAAGUAUUAAGAAAUUUUCGUUUUAUCCACAAGAAGAAGAGGUUUUACUUCCUCCGGCUCGUCAAUUUCAAGUAACAGAUUCGUUAAAUCAAGGAAAUGGUCUUCACAUUAUUCAAUUGAAAGAAAUUCAACCAAAAUAUCCAUUGAUCAAUCCUGUGCUACAACCAACUCCAGUUGAACCGCCGGAAACUAUUAAUCCCAAAAUACAAGAAUAUAUUGAUGAUUUAAACUCAAAUCUGACGCGUACAAGUCUGCAUCUCGUCUCUCCUUCACCGAACGACCAAGAAAUGAAACAACUUGCCAACGCUAUACAAAAUAACAAAACAUUGAAAGAGUUACAUUUUACAAUGAAUCUACUCGGACCGUUGAGAGUACAGUACCUCGCGAAUGCCAUACAAAAUAACAAAACACUCACCGAAUUAUAUCUCUUCGGCAACAACAUUGGACCGGAAGGGGCUCAACAUCUUGCCAAUGCUCUAUUAGAGAAUAAAACACUUAAUAAACUAUCAAUUCGUGCUAACGAAAUCGGAUCACAAGGAGCGCAAUAUCUUGCAAUUGCUUUGCAACACAACAAAACCCUUAUCGAGUUAUUUCUCGGCGCCAAUGAAAUUGAAUCAGAAGGAACUCAAUAUAUCGCUGAUGCUCUAGUAAAGAAUGAAACACUUACUAAAUUAUCCAUCUCCCAAAACAGAAUUGGACCACAAGGUGCCCAAUAUCUCGCUAACGCUUUACUUCAGAACAAGACACUAACUGAACUAUCUCUCAGUAUCAAUCAAAUUGAGUUAAAAGGCGUAGAACACCUCGCCAAUGCUCUCGAAAACAAUAGUACACUCGCUUCAUUGGAAAUUCUUUACAAUGAAAUCGGCGACGAAGAAGUACAACUUCUUAGCAAUGCCCUUCUGAACAACAAAGCACUCCACACACUUGCUGUUUAUGGUCACACACAAAAUGUGAAUAUAAUUGGUCCACAAGGUGCACAAUACCUUGCCAAUGGUCUACGAGAUAAUAAGACGCUAGAUACACUAAAACUUCAUUGGAACAACAUCUGCGAUGCAGGUGCACAAUAUAUUGCUAAUAUUUUAAAAAGAAACACACUUAUAAUAUUAUGGCUUGAAUUCAGUCAUAUCGGACCACAAGGCGCUCAAUAUCUUGCUAAUGCUUUAGCAAAUAACAAAACAAUCAUCGAACUAAAUCUUCAUGCCAACGAUAUCGGACCGGAAGGAGCUGAACACCUCGCCAAUGCUUUGUUACAGAAUAAAACACUCACUAAACUAUCCACUUCUGGCAACAAAAUUGGAUCUGAAGGAGCUCAAUAUCUUGCCAAUGCCCUACAAUAUAACAAAACAUUGAAAAGCUUAGAUUUAACACAGAAUCAUAUUGGUGAUGAGGGAACUAAAUAUCUUGCUAAUGCCCUUAUAAGCAAUGAAGUGUUGACAGAUCUUUCCGUCAAAAAUAAUCAAAUUGGAUCUCAAGGCGCACAGCAUCUUGCUAAUGCUCUGCUGAGCAAUAGAACGCUUACUAGUCUAUCCAUACAAGAUAAUGAAAUUCAAUUUCAAGGAGCAAAAUAUCUGGCUAAUCCUUUAAAAACUAACAAAACACUCAAACGCAUAUAUAUUAACAAUAAUGGAUUCAAUGACGAAGAAAGGAAACAGAUCCGAGAAAUAUUUCGCAUUACGAAUUUGAGUGGAUUCAGUUGGUAA